UGGCGUAGCCGCCCCUGGGCCGGGCUGUGGAUGAUCACCGCCAGCCAUGGAUCGCAUGAUCUUGUCGAUUUUCACAGGAGGAGGCCUCUGCGCGUGCUGCAAACCCGAGAUGACCAGCUCCGUCGCCAUGGACAUUUUGCAGCUGAAGUCCUACCAAGACGAGUGGGACCGGACCCAGCGGCAAAUGGAUUUGGCCAAGCGCGAUCAACAGAGCAAGGAGCAGGACAUCCGCGACAAGGCCGCCAGCCGCGCCGCCGAGCUUGCCGAGCUCCGGGGUCCUUCCACCUCUGUGGAGGCCGCGGGCAAGGUGCCGCCCGUGCUUCCAGAAGUGGAGCAAAAUGAGCAGGUCAUCACUAUGAAUCUCUGAGGCGACGUCCGUGGUGCCCGUGGUGCCCCAGCUAGUGGCC